CAGCCAACUCGCUUUCCUCAGUGGACAGGAAUCUGUGUUACAAACAGGCUCUUUAAUUUGGAAAAGCAGCCACUGACCUCGCGAAGUUAGGAUGGAUCUUUUCUAUUGCAACAAAGAUGAGUAGGAGAUAACGCAGGUAUUUUGCAGUGCUCCCAGAGUGACUACAACCAACCGGCUCUGGCAGCAGAUGCCAGAGCAACAUUUUGGAAACAAGGCCUUGAGAAGGCAUCUUGCUCCCUGCACUCACCAAUGCACACUGAGCUCUUAGAGCUUAUUUCUUGAGGUCUGGCCUGGUCAUGGGUAGUUUUGGUGAAAUCUCCCAAUUCUGCAAGGAGAUCUGGAUGUGUUGAGGAACUCUGAAGCCUGCAGCAAGUAGGAGGUCACUGCAGGAGAAAAUCAAGUGCUCGCUGUAGCAUCUGAAUGGCCAUUAUGCCCCAAACCAAAUGACUGCUACUAUUAAUAUAACCUCUGGCAAGCACAGCGGCAAAACCCCAGUGAGAGGCCACUGCUGUGGUUAGCACAGUGCUUCUUCUGCCUUGAAGCUGACUUCGCAACGCUUUGCUUCUCAGACAGUACAAACCCAGCUUGAUUUUCAACUGCCUCUGCAUUCACUGUGAUGUGAGUGAGCCUGUGUGCUGCAACACGGCUGGAGCCAGAGUGCAGUAUCUCCUUCAAGACAAGGAAAAAAUUGAGUAAAGAUGGCACUUGCAGGCACAGUGAGUACACACAAAUGUUGCUGUGUAAUCUCAUUUUUUCCUUCCCCCAACAUCAGUUUUCUACUCCCAAGAGCCAGUUGUGCUGCCCCACCCUAGCAGUGUUACAAAGCUUUCUUCCCCACAUCUUUCUGAGUCUGGAUUUUUUAUGUAUUUGAAUCUUCUCUUGGGCGUGGGUGCAUUACAAGCCAUCAGAAAACCACUGUUUUGCUGAUGGCUUUUCCCAACUAAAAUGGGUGAUGCUGGGGAUCUUAAGCUACAUCUGGUGAAUUUGUGCUCUUAUGGGCCACCUCAAUGUGAAUUUACCCAGUGUCCCACCACAGGUUCCCCACACUGGCAAGACCAGCCUGGAUUACUACCAGAAUGACAGCGCAGGGCUGUCUGUCAUUGGGAACCCCGCCAACGACACAGAGCUCAUGUGUGACAGGAGGCAGGUCUGGCAGUUUGCUCGAGCUUUCUUGCCCGUGUUUUUCUGGCUCAUCUUCUUUGUGGGCACGGUGGGAAAUGCCUUGGUCGUUCUCAUCUACUGCAAAUACCGCUUCAGGAGGAGCAUGAUGGACCGCUACCUGCUGCACUUAGCUGUUGCAGAUCUGCUCCUCCUUUUCACCCUCCCAUUCUGGGCCACGGCUGCCUCCAGUGGAUGGAUCUUCAGAAAUUUCAUGUGCAAAGUCGUCAAUAGCAUGUAUAAGAUCAACUUCUACAGCUGCAUCUUGUUUCUAACAUGCAUCAGUUUUGACAGGUACAUCACCAUUGUUCAAGCAACAAAAGCUAAAUCUUCCAAGCAAAGGCGGAUCCUGCGCAGCAAACUCGUGUGCUUGGCUGUCUGGCUGGCAUCUGUCAGCCUGUGCCUCCCUGAGAUAAUGUACAGCCAGAGCAAGCAGAUCGGUGCUGUGACGGUGUGCAAAAUGGCGUACCCACCCAGCGUUGGCAUGGCCUUCAGAGUUGCCGUCCUGGCUCUGAAGGUCACUAUAGGCUUCUUCCUCCCACUUCUAGUCAUGGUUAUUUGCUACACCCUGAUCAUCCACACCCUCCUCCAAGCCAAAAGAUGCCAAAAGCAGAAAUCAUUAAAGAUCAUCACCAUGAUCAUCACUGCCUUUCUUCUCUCUCAGUUCCCGUACAACAUUGUUUUGCUGAUCAAGACCAUCAACAUGUACACCGGGGCAGUGUACAGCUGCCAGACCAUCAACGGGCUGGACAUUGGGCUGCAGGUCACUCAGAGCAUCGCCUUUCUCCACAGCUGCCUCAACCCCUUCCUUUAUGUCUUUGCUGGGGAGCGUUUCAGGAUGGCACUGGUCAGAAUGGUGCAGAGCACUGGCCGCUACUGGUCUAGAGGCCAGGAGCAGUGCUCCUCCUUGGGUGACAGCCAGGAGCACAGCUCCAACUGGUCCUUUGCCAUGCUGGGGCGGCGGCGGGUGAGGAACUCACUCACCCUCAGCACCCAUUUGGCCUCCUCUGUUGUUCCUGCCUCAUGCCAAGUCUUUGUGUAAGCCAGUGUCUCCUGAGGGCUAUCAAGCAUGUCCUUUUAGACAUCACUCCUGCACCCCAAAGAUUGCCUUGGAGGAGGACUGGCCUCCUUGGUUGUGUCCAGGACUGAGCUGGGACACUGAGGGCCCUACAUGUGCUUCCUUCAUGCCCUGCCAAGCCAGACCAGGCCUCGCUCACAUAGAGAAGUGAAACCUUCUGCACCGUGCAGCAAAAUUGGAGCCAGGCAUGUUGUGAGCCAAGCUGACAAGGAAUAAGAGCUAUCUCUGAGGCAGCUCUUAGAACCCAUCCAUUGCUCAAAACACAGCCCAAAUAGCAAGCCUCUCAGAAAAGCCAUGAACAUCAUGUAAGGAUGAACCACACUUCCAUCCAUGGGAAGUGGUGAGAAGGAGCUGGGCCCUUGCUGCAGGACGGCUCCAUGAUAACUCAAUUUUUGGCCAUUGCCUGGUUUCAGAAAGUGAAGGCUGCUCCAUGCACAAAUGGACACAAUGCUGCUUUGUGGGACAGUCAAAGGAAAGCUAAUAUUCUGUACUCACUACAGAAUUAAAUCCUUCUCCCGUAUUUUAGCUCUUUGGUGUAGGGUGAGAGCAGGUGCAAUGUAUUUGCUGCAGUUUGUAUUUCUCUGCAUUGACAAGCCACAACUCGCAGUAAGAAUUCAAGGCCACUGGAUGCUCUGAGUUUUCUGUCCCCAAGCACUUAAACCCCAAACUGAUGAUUCAACAAGCCAUCAAUGACGGCACCUUUGCAAAGACAACAAAAGACGUUUAACCCAGAAUUGAUGAGACAGAGUGUCAUAAGAUCUCAAACCUAUAGUUAGCAACAUUUUGGUUGAGAUGCUCCUCUUGGGGCUGGUGGGGUACAAGAUGCGUUUAGGUGGGAGCUGCAGCAAACCUACCAGUUUCUUGGGAACUGCAGAUGGUGCACUGGCACCAUAAGGGUGCGGGAGGUCUGCGGCACCACAAGGCUCCCAGCAGUGCCAAUUCCCACCCCAAGCACCCCAAGCUUAUGCUGCUUGUUUUAGUGCCCAGGAGGCUUUCUUGUAAAUAACCUAUUUUAAUAAUCUGCUUUGGCAUUAGGUGACUAUCACUCAUUAAAGCAUCUGAGUAAACACCAGUUUUCUGCAAGGCUUGGCACUGCUUUCCUAACUAACACAGUACAUGUGGGUAGAUGGGGUUCUACUUUGACAUACAUGUUUUGAGGGUUUUUUAUUGUUCUUCAUUUUUGCCUUAGAGAAAUAAGUGCUGAAAGAGACACGCAUUUUUUUCCUGUAUGUGUAAAGGCGGCGUUUGUGAUUUGUGUGGAGCUCAAAUUGAGCAGAAGCUGAAAUUCCCUUCAAUAAAGCACUGUCACGUACACAUCCACCGCGGGGAUGGACUGGUGGUGUCUUUGCCUACAAACCGGCUCCAUCUUUGCGUCCAUACACCCAACCUGUUUCCUCCCGUGUCUGAGGAGAAGCAAAUAGCCUCCCUAUGUUUGCAAUUCCCAGUAACUGACAGCAGACACACAACAUAGUGAAGUAGUGUCAGUGAAGUAGUGAAGUCAAGAAAG